GCGGGAAGGGCCGCUGCUCGCCCUGCUCAGGGCCUGGGCUGGUGGGGUGCUCGCAGCCCUCACAAAAGGGCCUGCCGUUUCUGUGUGAUCUCUGCUCACCCUGUACUCCAGCUGUUCACCCCGCCAUCUGGAUACCUUCUUGUGGAGGAGUGGGGUGGACCUAAUGGAAGAUGGGGACCAGAAUCGCCUGUCACCCUCCACUCCAGUGGGGGGGCAAAAAACCAGCUCCCACCCUGCCCCCUCAGGCGCACAGCCCUCUGUACACACCUGCUAUUCACACACCCACUGCUCAUCCUAUUCUUCCACCCACGUGUAAACUAAAACACACACACUCAUGCCCAUGAAUGUUCUGAGACAUCUGUCCAAACAUAGUUCUCUGGCCACUCAUCGGAAGGGACUUCCACAAGUUUGUGGCAAUGUGGAAUGGAAAGAGAAUGAAAGUUUCCCAUGAACCUUGUGAAGCCCCCUUGUAUAUUCACUCUUCUAUAUCUGUGCCUUUGUAACUCACACAUUUUAUAGUGGUCACCCCUGUUCACUCAUGUCCUCUGUUGAGAUACACUCCUGGUGGCACACGGCACACGUGACUUGUGUCUUGACAUAGAUUAUAUGGACUACACUCAUGCCUGAUAUUUUCUCACACGGUCCAUGGUCCUCAGUUCCAAUUCCUAGGGCACAGUUGGGUAAACAAGGAACUGCUCACCCCAAAGUCAGUGGUUCAACACCCCCCACCCCCGCCCCAGCCCUCUGAAGGUGUCCAGUUCAGAAACCCUCUAGAGUUGCUAUGCGUUGGAAUCAACGUACGGGUAGUGAGUUUGGUCUUAUCCAUAUAGUCAAGGAACCGUAGGCAUUAAACUGCAAGCUUGGUAGUUCGAGCCCAUCAGUUGCUCUGCAGGAGAAAAAUGAGGCUGUCUCUUCUGGUAAAGCUUUCUAGUCUUGGGAACUCUUUAAGGGGAGUUGCACUCUGCCUUCUAGGGUCACUUUGAGUCCAAAUUAACUUGCCGGCUGUGGGAUUUACACACGGGCAUAGUCAAGGCGCCCUGGCGGCACAGCGGUUAAGGGUUCAGCUGGUAACCAAAAGGUCAGCCGUUUGAAUCCACCAGCCGCUCCUUGAGAGACAGCUGUGGCGAUUUGCUUCUGUAAAGAGGACACCCUGGACAACCUAGGGCCUUUCUGCUCUGUCCUGUAAGGUCUCCGUGUCGCACUGAAUCUGGGGCAGGCUGUGCACACAGGCUCCCUCAGCACUCUGUCCACUUCUGAUGACCGCAGCAGAUGCCCGGGUUCUGGUCAACGGCUUCAGAGCUGAGGGGGCAGUUCUGGGUGGAGGCCUACUGUUCUCUUCCAGGAAGGAGCGGGGCCUGGGUAGGUGGAGCCCUUUUCCCUGGACUCCGGGCUAUGUCAUGUAGGAGCAGCUGCCAGAGGUGAGGGUGAGACCUUUGGGUUGGAAAGCUUGGCUCAAGGAGGGGCUGCCCCUUCAUCCUGGGGAGGUUCCUUUGGGGUACUAGCUGGAACAGGCCGGUUCUUAGAGGUUGGCAGUAGGGCAGGGUGGUGGAGGCUCCUGAUAGAUGGGCACUGGGGAGGCUGGGCGUUGUCAUGGAAACAAGUGUGUGGCUGUAUCCACCUCUGGGAGGCAGGAGACCCCAGAGGGUACUUGUGAGCUUCCUAAAAGGGCCCGGGUUUCUGGUUCAGCAGGCUCUAUCCUGACCGCCUCUCUGUCUGGGAGAAACUGAGGCCACGCUGGGGGAGCCUGGGCACUGCCUGGCCUUAGCUCUUUGUUCCCUAAUUACCAUCUGAGUUGCUGAUGGCGUCCCUGAGAUGGUUUCUGUCCAAAGUGCCCUGUAAUGAGGCCACCUGUCCCAGGGGACCAACCCAAGUCCUGGCCUCUAUGGGUGACACAGGAUUGGUCUCAGGCCUUGACCUGGGCCUUGGCUGCUGGGGUGGGGGGGCUCAUAUAGCCACGUGAGCCCUCUUGCCCUGGCACCGUCUCUGCCCAUUAGACUCAAUGCUCAGCCCUGUCCAGACCAGAGUUGAUGGUGAUCUGCGGCCCAGCCUAGGUUGCCCUGGAGGCCCCUGGCCCGGUCUGAGCCCCCACUGUCAUGGCGAUUGUUCAGACCAUGCCGGUGGCACUGGAGGCCACCCCUGAGGCCACCACUGCCCCCCACGCUCCAGCCAUGGGCAGCGUGAGCAGCCUCAUCUCUGGUCGGCCCUGCCCGGGGGGCCCAGCUCCCGCUCGCCACCACGGCCCCCCUGGGCCCACCUUCUUCCGCCAGCAAGACGGUCUGCUGCGCGGUGGCUAUGGGGCACAGGAGCCACUCUGCCCAGCUGUGCCCCCCAGGAAGACCGUCCCUGCUGCCACCUUCACCUACAUCAAUGAAGACUUCCGGACAGAGUCCCCUCCCAGUCCCAACAGCGAUGUGGAGGAUGCCCGAGAGCAGCGGGCACACAACGGCCACCUCCGCGGCCCCCCACCAAAGCUCAUUCCCGUCUCCGGGAAGCUGGAGAAGAACAUGGAGAAAAUCCUGAUCCGCCCAACAGCCUUCAAGCCAGUGCUGCCCAAACCUCGUGGGGCACCUUCCCUACCUAGCUUCCUGGGUCCCCGGGCCUCAGGGCUGUCCGGGAGCCAGGGCAGCUUAACACAGCUGUUUGGGGGGCCUGCCUCCUCCUCCUCCUCCUCUUCCUCCUCCUCGGCUGCCGACAAGCCCCUGGCACUGAGUGGCUGGGCCAGCGGCUGUCCAUCUGGGACACUCUCUGACUCUGGCCGAAACUCACUGUCCAGCCUGCCUACCUACAGCACGGGGGGCACCGAGCCGGCCACCAACUCUCCCGGUGGACACCUGCCCUCCCACGGCCAAGGGCGGGGGCCACUGCCCGGGCCACCCCGAGGGGCCCCGACUGGGCCCUCCCAUUCGGACAGUGGCCGCUCCUCUUCCAGCAAAAGCACAGGCUCCCUGGGUGGCCGAGCAGCCGGGGGUCUCUUAAGUAGCAGGCCACCCCGGGCCUCCCCUGACAGCAGUUCCUGUGGGGAGCGCUCCCCACCACCACCACCCCCUCCACCCCCCUCGGACGAGGCCCUCCUACACUGUGUCUUGGAAGGGAAGCUACGUGACCACCGGGAAGCUGAGCUUCAGCAGCUGCGGGACAGCCUGGACGUGAGCGAGUCCACCGGGUGCCAGGUGUACGAGGACCGGCAGCGACACUGGCCGAGAGAGCGGGAGCCACUGCGAGAGGACUGUGCAGCGCAGGCGCAGCGGGUGCAGCGGGCCCAGCAGCUGCUGCAGCUGCAGGUCUUCCAGCUGCAGCAGGAGAAGCGGCAGCUGCAAGACGACUUUGCGCAACUGCUGCAGGAGCGGGAGCAGCUGGAGCGGCGCUGCGCCACCUUCGAGCGGGAGCAGCGGGAGAUGGGACCACGGCUGGAGGAGACCAAGUGGGAGGUGUGCCAGAAGUCAGGCGAGAUCUCCCUGCUGAAGCAGCAGCUGAAGGAGUCCCAGGCAGAGCUGGUGCAGAAGGGCAGUGAGCUGGUGGCCCUGCGGGUGGCGCUGCGGGAGACCCGGGCUGCGCUGCGGGUCAGUGAAGGCAGGGCGCGGGGCCUCCAGGAGGCAGCCCGGGCCAGGGAGCUGGAGCUGGAGUCCUGCUCCCAGGAGCUGCAGCGGCACCGCCAAGAGGCAGACCGGCUGCGGGAGAAAGCAGGGCAGCUGGAUGCUGAGAUGGCCGGACUCCGGGAGCCCCCUGCGGCCCCUGCCACCGCUGACCCCUUCCUCCUGGCAGAGAGCGACGAGGCCAAAGCACAGCGGGCAGCCGCUGGGGUGGGGGGCAGCCUGCGUGCCCAGGUGGAGCGGCUGCGGUCGGAGCUGCAGCAGGAGAGGCGGCGGGGCGAUGAGCAGCGGGACAGCUUCGAGGGGGAGCGGCAGGCCUGGCAGGCCGAGAAGGAGCAGGUGAUCCGCUACCAGAAGCAGCUGCAGCACAGCUACAUCCAGAUGUAUCGGCGGAACCGGCAGCUGGAGCAGGAGCUGCAGCAGCUCAGCCUGGAGCUGGAGGCUCGGGAGCUGGCUGACCUGGGCCUGGCGGAGCCCGCCCCCUGCAUCUGCCUGGAGGAGAUCACUGCCACAGAGAUCUAGGGCCACCGCAGCGGCUCUGCAGGGCGCUCUGCUGUCAGGGUGCCACCUCACAUCACAUCCACUCCACCCCAGGGCCCAGAGCCACUCGCCUCCUGGGAUCCCCGGGUGGCCCUGGGGCCUGGAGGAGCAAGACCAACCCCUGGAGGUCCCCAUGUGUCCUGUCACCCGGAGGCUCCUUACCCACUCCACCUGUUAAACUCCCUGUUACCUACACCACUCCGCCAGCCCGCCACCCCCAGACGCUCACCAGCUCACCCCAGCCCCCCGGGGAGCCACAAGGACAGAGGGACCCCCUCAUCACUACCACGCGCUUGCGCACCCCAACGCCAGAGACAGCCAGAUGGCACCAGCUGCCCCAGAUGUGCCUGCCCCCACCCUGUCCACAUUGGGCUCAGGGCUGGGCCUGGGGUCCGCUCCCCAGGGUUCCCGCUCUAGCCCCUCGUGGGGAGAGGGGGCUGUAGUCAGACCAAAGGAAGAACUCAGAAAUGUUUAUUUGUGACCAAGCGACCCCUUCCCAACACCUAGUUUAUGGCCUCGCUUUCACUUGUAUAUUUUUCACACUGUAAAUUUCUUGUACAAACCCAAAGGGGAAAAAAUUAAAAAAUUGCUUUGUUUUUAAAAAAAAAAAAAGUGCUGGA